AUGGCUCUUUGUGCGUUGGUGUCUGCUCGCAUCCAAGACCAAGCUCUUUUCAAUCCUUCACACAACAUGAGCGAGCUCACCGAGGUGCCUUCAGAGACGUUUUACGAAGCUGCCAUACAAGCUAGCACUGAUAUAGUUCUCAGGACCCAACAGAACUUCGACUCGAUGAGGACUUGCGCGUUGCUAGCCCUUACAGCUGUACAAUACGGAAAAAUUCGUGAAAUGCAAGCUUUUCUGGGCAGGUAUCAUACAUUUGUUGCAAUCGAGGGCUUGCAAGAUGAAGCAAAUUGGCCUGCGAACACGGGAAUCGUUGAAACAGAAGAAAGGAGGCGACUGCUACUGAUGGAGCGAAAGUUCUGGUCCAUGUAUACCUUUGAAGUUUAUGUAUCUAUUGUUUGGAAUGGCAUGCUGCGAGUCCGUGAACAACAGAUCAACGUCAGUUAUCCCACAGAGCUCGACGAUGACUUGUUUAGUGAUCGAGGCUACGGUCGACAAGUCCAAUCGCCGGCCUAUGCACGAUUCAGUCCUGGAAAUCGAGAAGGCGAAGUGAGUGCCAAUAGCUGGUUGUGCGGGUGGAACUUUACUACUGACUUGUACCGUUUGCUGGAACAUAUCAUCACCAAUUUCCGUGAUCGCCAAAAGCACCAGGGAACAUUCCCUACCAAUCUGUUCAUCGAUGGUUGUGUCACUACUAUACCCACCGUGCGCGACGCUGUUAUGCAAUUAUACUUCAACCUGCCACAGUGCUUCAAGGACGUACCAGAGGUCACAUGCGAACCAAAAAGUGAUCGAUUUGGAUUUCAAGCAGCCAACAUUACAGCUACUGUGCAACUGGUACGUAUGAUGCUCUUCGCUUCUGGUGGCGGAAGUAUCGAAGAUCGUUGCAAGAUUGCAAGUGAAGUCAUCGAGGCGUUCUCAAGAAUUCCCGUCACCUAUCUUCGUGCUAUUAGUUCUCCUCUGCUUCACCAUCUCGCAGGUAUUGGUUCCCUUCUCGGCAGCGUCUUCGGAGAAUCCAUGAGCGAGAUGGCUUACGAACAAGUCAGAGUUGUCUUGCUUGCUCUUGCGCAAUUACUGGAGAAUCUGGAGCAUGGUAUUCACUCUACAAUAAGCGCACAGCGUCUGCGCGAUUUGGUCGCGCGAAUUGACGAGUAUAUGAACAAUCUGAGAGAUUCUCCGAGGGAUCUACCGGCACAGCUGACAAACGACAUCUUUGCAGACUGGCCUUGGAGUCUAGAUUACACAUAG